AUGUCCCGGGCUUAUCGGGUAUUUCUGGUGGUGUUUUCUAUGACAGCGUUUUUCAUUGGAAUGCAGCAGGUUUCCCUCGACACCCCAAGCUCUUCUUCGCAUGCUGGGGGGGCUACUGGCAGCCCUCGGCGCGAAGGCUCGGCACCGAACACAAGUCGCGGGAACCGCAGCGAUACCAAACUACCCCCUCCCGCCACUACUGAGCAGGAAGGUCAGGUAAGGAGCCGAAACGGCGCAGAUCUCCCCCUUCGAGUCGGCAUCUUUAUGACCACGCACUGGAGCAAGGAGCAACAGAUGUACCUUCCAUGCUGGGAGCACGCUAUGAAGCUGCCGAUCCUGAAGAAUGCCGACUUGAUCCUGUACACCCCAGCGAAUCUGAGCCGGGAGGAGCUUGCACGCCUGCAUUUCCGAAGGAUCACGCUGAAGCAGUUCCCGAAUCGGGGUUACCAGGCCAGUGCCAUCCAAGCAGUGAGCGACGCAUUCGGAAAUCUGGGACGUCGUGAGAAGUGGUUCGAGGGGUACGAUUGGGUAAUUCGCCUGAAUCUGGACGUCUUGAUCAUGCACGAUGGCUGGCUCCAGCAGGUCAUGAACAACAUGUCGGUUGACGGCAUCUUCCACAACUGCGACAAACGGCGGGGAGUCCGAUUCUUGCACACAGACUUCUUUGCGGUCCGCCCACAAGCUGUUAAUGCUACGGCGGUUGAGAGCUGCAACCAAUCAAAUGCUGAGGAGCACUUUAGCUGCUCGGUCCGCAGCAUCAUCCUGUCCAAGCGUUUCCAGUGGGUAGAGGAUGCAGAAGACUCGAAUCAUACUUGUCGUAUCAGAGGAGUGAAGUCACCCGUGGUCCACUCACAUCAACUGUGGCGUUACUGCCCGGACUAUUUCGCAGCACCUGCCGGUAUCAAGAGAUUCAGGUGGAAGAACUACACACUGCACGAUGCUCGCAGUCCGAAACCUAUUGCGCCGGAUGCCAGUAGAUCGUGUAGUUUUGCUUCGCCCUAG